UGGCUGGCACAUAUGUAGUUUUUACCUGCCUGGACCAGAAGUACCAAAGAAUAGUUGGUUGGUGAGAGGUGUAUGUGGGUGGAUUUAUACAUGUUUGGGCUUAUUUUAUAAGAUCUGAAUAUCCAUGCUCUAAAUAAGGGAUUUGUGAUUCUCAGUUUGGGCUCUUUAGUACCCUAGGUAGAACUCAAGGUUUAGUGAAAAUUGAGACUUUCUUUAAAAUGAGGUAUUCUGUGGUCAGUAAAUUUUCUAAACCCAGAGAAUGGAAGGGAAAAGCUCUUGGCCAAGAAUACCUCUGAAACCCUUGCUAAUGUAACUUCUGUUCAAAAAAACACUUGUAGCAUGUGUGGAUAAAUAUUAUUGUCAAUUCCUUUUCAGGUUUUCAUGAAUCCAGAAUUCAUAAGCAGUAGUGAUCAGGGACCCUCAGUGGUCUCACUCAAACAGAGAUGUGAGUUCCAAGUUCAGAACCUGGAAGGACAGUGGUGCUGACACCCACCACCAUGAGUAUUUGUGACCUAAUCACACAUACCAUCGCAUAGAUGAGUGCAGGGUACCAGACUGAUCGGUGUCUGUCACUGCAGGAGACAGUGGCUUGGAAAUGGAUUUACUGGAGGGCCUUGAGUCCCUGAAGUUUGAGUAUGGGAUUCCAGAGGAAGAGCAUUACUGGCUGUAUUUGCAGAGACGUUAUCGGGGACUGAUGAUUGAAGGCUGUGCCCAUGCAGUCUUCUUCUGCAAGCUGUUGUGUAAUUUGAGAGAAUUAAUACAUGAGACUCAGUACUCCAGACCCCGGGCUGUAUCAUUUGAUGCAUCAGUUUCUGCUCAAAAUGAGAAGUUAAAGGUGGGCAUCAUUGGAGGUGGCCACCUUGGGAAGCAACUGGCUUGUGCACUGCUGAGACUUGUCCCCAUCCCUGCUGAGAGCCUUCGGAUCUCCACUCGGAGGCCAGAGGCCCUGGGUGAGAUCCAGAAGCUGGGGGUCCAGUGCUUUUACGAUAACCCUAGUCUGGUGAAUUGGGCCAACGUGGUAUUCCUCUGCUGCUUGCCAUCCCAGCUGCCUAAUAUCUGCCUAGAAAUUCAAGCCAGCCUUGAGAAGACCUGCACUGUGUACAGCUUUGUGUCUGCCAUCCCACUACCCAGGUUGAAAACACUAAUGAACCACACCAAUGUCUUGCGGCCCUAUUAUCACUGUGUUCAAGAUCUUGACAACAUCUGGGGGGCCAAUAAAGAAAUCGUAGCUGCUCUCCAAGAUCCUGUGAUUCUUCAGGCUACCUGUCCCUACAGUAAUUCUGGAGGAGUCACUCUCAGUAUCAAAUGGCUGGAGGGCUUGUUCUAUGCAGCCAUCAACGCCUGCACAGCAAGAAAUGUGUUCCGCUCAGAAGUGCUGCAGCUUCUGAACAAACUAUUUCUCUCUGUGCACUUAGAAAGCUGUGAGAAAGAUAACGCAUCUUGCCCCACAUUUCAGUUAUCAGAUUUUAUGAACAAAGCCUAUGUCAAGAACUUGUUUCACAAAAGGUUCUUCCCCUGGUUUGAUCUGACUGCUGUGCAACUCAAGGAAACUCCUUUUAGCCGAUGUCUCUCAGCUAGUACUGUUCUCCAGGACCACCUUACUCAAAUGUACUGUGAGUCGUUUGGCAUCUCCCUACCCAAAGAAAAACAGCCAGACGUUUCCAUGAACUCUCCAUCCCAAUAAGAAAUACCAGGAAUCAGGAUUGCCAGAGAGUCAUGCAUUGUUUGAAAAUUGUACUAAAAGUUCUUCUAGGUGUAGACUAAAGUAAGAGGCCCUGUACAUAUCAAUGCCUAGCUUAUAGAAACAACCCAAUAAAAGUA